CAUAUCUCACCUCUCAACGUGAAUAUUCAAAUGCACGUCCUAGCUUUUCAUAGUGAAAUAAUAUUGGAUUCAUGUUGAGUUUUAAUUAAAUUGAUCAUUCACUAUUGUUUUUUAUUUCGCUACACUGAGUUUUCCAUUUUUUCUUUCCCAUUUUCAUUUUACAAAAUAUCUUUGUUUGUUUUUAUCUACUUUCGUUUAAUAAUAUAAAUUGCAUUAGGUUUUAUAUAAGAUACUGCAUUGUAAUGUUUUUUUUUAAUUUAAAUACUGCAUUUUAAUGUUACAAUUUUAUAUUAAGUUCUAUCUAUCAAUUCAUACAAUAAUUUAUUUUUGAUAUUUUAUCAUAGUCUUGUUUGUAUUUUCAAUCAUAUUUACUAUAUAUAUUUAAAUACUGAUUUCAUAUGUUUUAUUAUAUUUUCCAUAAAAUAUUAUUCAUGAAACUACUUCUUUUAUUUCCACCCACGGCCUUAAAACUUCACCGUUUCCACUUGCUCGUUCUCGGUAGUUCACUUGUUUUUCCUCUCAACACAAAACACACGUUUCGGUAGAUCAAAUCUUAAUCAUGUACAAUCUCCCCAGUUCUUGUCUGUUUUAUUUCUUCCUCUUUUCCUUCUUUCACCAUCUUUCUUGUGCUCUAAGUCAACAAGAACGUAAGUCAUGUAAGACUAUGUUUCACUGUGGGAACAUCACCGCUGGUUUCCCCUUCUCAGGUGGAGAUCGUCCCAAACAUUGCGGUCAUUCAUUGCUCAACCUUCACUGCCUCAAAAACACAACGUCUUUAAUCAUAUCAGACCAUCUGUACGAUGUUCUCCAUAUAGAUGAAGCAUCUAACACUCUUAGACUUGCCAGAGCAGAGCUUCGAGGUUCCUUUUGCAACGCUACUUUCGAAGAUGCAACCUUGCCUCCCGACAUAUUUGAGCUUUCGCCUACGUAUAAGAGCAUCACUGUGUUCUACCUCUGCGACCCUAAGCUUCCUUACCGUUCGAGUUAUACAUGUCCUGGUCUAGGUCCUAUCGCAGUGUCUGAAACCCGUGAUUAUCAUAACUCCUGCAGUGAAUGUUUCACAGUUAACGUUCCUAAGAGCUUUGUUCCGGAAGAGAAAGAGUUGAACAUGACCAAUUUGGAAAGUGUUUUAAAUAACGGAUUUGAUGUGAAGGUGAAGAUUGACAAGAAAGCGUGUCAAGAAUGUUCAUCCUAUCAUGGAAUCCAUCAAUCUGGUGGUAUGUUAUUACUUUCAUAUGAUUCGAUACUAAUAAUAAAUAACAUAAUUCAACAAAAAUAUGUUUGAUUUAGAAGAACUUAGAAUAAAUUCACUUUUUGUUUCAGAAUAGUUUGGUUAGUCAC